AUGUUGUUCCCUCGGACUAUCCCGACGGUGUUGUUGGCCUGGGCUUGUUCCAUGGCAGUAAAUGCCGCGCCAAACAUGAGCCAUAACGUGGGAUUCAUAAAACGCCAACAGACGGCCGAAAAAAUCGCACCUAAAGUCGUAAUAAUUAGCAUGUUCGCCCCCGAAGCAGAUGUUUGGUACACCAAUACACCAAAUAGCACCUUAGGCACUAUCCUCGCGAACAACAUCACCGUUCCAGGUCUCUCUCCGUUAUUCCCGGAUGUCCAUUGCACGCAAAAUGGCGAAGUAUGCCAACUCACAGCCGGCGAAGGCGAAACCAACGCCGCCACAUCGAUAAUGUCCUUCCUACUCUCGCCCCAGUUCGAUCUAACACAGUCGUAUUUCCUAACGGCUGGAAUCGCGGGUAUUAACCCGAAACUCGGUACUCUGGGCAGCGUCGCUCUAUCCCGGUUCUCGGUACAAGUUGCGCUGCAAUACGAAAUCGACGCACGUGAAAAGCCGGAGAACUUUUCGACUGGGUAUCUUCCGAACGGCGCUUACUCGCCUGAUGAGUAUCCGUCGAUUAUUUACGGAACUGAGGUCAUGGAGGUUAAUGAAAACCUGCGUGAUGUCGCGGCUAACUUUGCUAAACGCGCUGAACUUAUCACUUCGGAAGGCGCGGGAAAUUACUGUGCUAAGUACGCUGAUAGCGGUGAUAUAUACGCAGCAGCCACCGAGAAACCUGGUGUCAUAUCAUGUGACACGGCGACGAGUGAUGUGUAUUUCUCGGGCACGUUGCUGAGUGAGGCGUUUGAGAACACGACGAAAUCGUGGACUAACCAGAGCGCGCUUACGUAUUGCGUGAGUGCGCAGGAGGAUACUGCUGUUCUGAAUGCGCUGCUGCGGGCUGCGAUAACGGAUAUUGUGGAUUUUUCGAGGAUUGUUGUGAUGAGAACUGGUGAGAAUUCUUCCUUUGAUAAAUCGUGGAAUCGAAAAUUAACGAAAAAUGCGAAAGGCUCUGAUUUUGACCGCCCUCCGCCGUCAGUCAGUGCGUUUGAUCAUUUGCGCAUCCAGGAUCAAAACGGCUUUGACAUUGCAGUUGAAAAUCUGUACCUAGCCGGGGUUGAGAUUGUGCAAGGCAUUAUUGCUGAGUGGAACUCCACGUUCCACGAUGGAAUCAAGCCGACGAAUUAUAUCGGGGAUAUUUUCGGGACUUUGGGUGGUACACCCGAUUUUGGUCCUGGAAGUUUGUUCAACGAUACAGGCGUUUCACCGGAAUCAAGCACGAAUGUGAAGAGAUCUCUAUCGCGAAGGAAGGCGAGAAGUGCGCAUGGAUGGAAAUAAGUAAGCAAAAAGCCAUGACGUGAUUUCGACGACUUCUACGACAUGGGUAUUUCAGCGCGUUUGGCAGUUUGCCGCAUUUGAAGGUAUAUCAGUUGCAUUUAUUAUUAUUUGA